UGCAGGUCGCCGACAGGGCCACGCUAGUGGCCCUGAUUGGCAGAUGCUCAAGACGCCCGGCCUGACUGCGCCUUGAACAACGCGAACUGCCUGGGCUUUUUCCCUUCCUAAAUCACGCAACCUGCAAGCCAUGGGCGGUAGGGACUUGCGCCCGGCUUGGCCUGCCGCCCCCACCCCCCGGGCACGCACUCGACGGUUCCAGAAUCCAAGAUUCCUCCCUGGGAGCGUCGUUUUUUCUUCAUUUCCCGUUGCCCCCGAAUGUCCGGGCUCCUGUUACUACCGCCGCCGUCGCCAUCGCUAUCGCCAUCGCUAUCCCUAUCCCCUUUGCUAGCUCCGUAGUUGCCGAUUGAGCUCCGUGGCUAGGAGCUCAUCCAGGGAGAAUAUGAUCACACAGCAGGGUUUGCAGGAUGCGCUCGUCCGUUGGCAGGACUAUCCUUCCAACCUCGUCAGCCAGAGCCCCCCGCAGGAGAUCGUGACCCGGUACCAGCAGCUAUUGAACUCCAAGGGUCUCUUUGUUCGCCGCGAGUCCGACAGUCAACUUGAUAUUCGGGAUCCCGGGUUGGCUCUUUCUGACAGCAAGGCGGCAAAUUCCAACCUCAAGAGCUUAGCUGAGCUCGAAACUUGGUUGAGAGAUUCGCCGGCCCGGGUGGAAGGAGAUUACCACCCUUUGGUGCUCUCCAUUGGCACCCGCUCCGGACGAGGGCCGCUUCAGAUCACCCCAGACAUGUCACGCUUGGUUUUGAGCCGCUUCCAGGUCAUCCCCGCGUUUCUCGACGUCGUCCUGGUCUUUGGAAGCGCUUCAGCCAGCGGCUUCUCCCACAGAUUCCCGUCAUUUGUCACCAGUCCCCAUCGCGGCCUGUCGGAGGGCACGCUCGAGCUUUCCUACAACUUACGCUACGUCGACAGCUGCUCUGGAAAGGCUCAGGAACCAUGGUCCAUUCGCCAAAUGGCAGUCUACUGCCAGAUCAACACCAACCGACAGAGAACCGUCUGGAUCCUCGCGGGAGCCCCAGAGACUCUGCAAUUCCAGCUCUGCAACGCCGGUUCGGACACUGGUAACAUGGCUGAAACAAGUCUCGCAAAAUCCUUUCUUCUAGCAAUGCACGACCAUCUGUUUUCCAUUGGAUGUCGACAAGAAUUCUGGGGCCUCCACGUUAGGUUACUCGAAGACGAGUUCAACAUGAUGCUUGUAUCUGUCAACGGCAUUCACUAUGCAUCAAGAACGCUUAUCAGUGCGUCCAGUACAAUGUGUCGUAUAGGGGACUUGGAGGAGAAGUGCCAUGAUGCAGUGCUUGCAAUCCGGGCAAAUCUGCAAGUUCUUGAAAGCCUACAACUUUACUACGAGGCUGUAGCCUCCUUUGAGACGGUCGAACCCAUGGACGGUUCAACAACCACCGCCCAGCUCGUUGCGGACUUCAAGGGGCAGCUAGCUCGUAUCAGGGCCGACCUCGAGCACAACCUCUCUCGAGCCAAGAUGGUCAAAGAAAGUAUUUCCAAUAAGCUCCACGCUGUCCACUUGCAAUUCACAGCUGACGCAGCUGUCCGGGGAAGCCUUGAGAGUACGAGGAUGACCGAGAUGACCGAGGAGAUGAAGCACAUUGCCGAAGUCACCAGAGCCGAGACGGUCACGAUGCGGAUAGUGACGAUUCUCACCCUCAUAUACCUCCCAUGCUCAUUUGUAACAGUAGGUCUCGCCUCCAGCCGCCCGCCUCUGCCUCUGUAUCGCAUUUAACCUACAGUCUGAAGAACCGCACGCUGACGCAAGGCCGCCGCAGUCUGUCUUCAGC